AUGGAUCAAAGAGAACUUACCUCGCGGGUUUCAGCUCUUCAAAAGGCUAUCAAUGACAAAGAGCCCGCAGCGAAUGUUAUAACCAUUAUGGAAACUCUGAAGAGAGAUGUAAAUGCCACGGAAGAACUUCUUAGGGCAACCAAGGCGGGAAUGGUAGUUGCCAAACAACGAGGAAACGCGAACAAAGACAUUGCCAAGCUCGCAGCUGAAAUUGUCACUAAGUGGAAAAAAACCGUCGAAGUCGAAAAAGAAAAGCGCAAGGCAAAAAUGAUGGCAUCCGGAUCUUCUCCCGCAGUUCGCAGCAACGGUACUUCCUCUCCCGCAUCCGCGCCCAGCGCUCCAGUCACCAAAGCUUUCAAGGGCGAUUCCUCGAAACGAAGAUGGGAAACUGAUAAAGUCGAUACAAAGCGUACGGGUCUUCCAACUCGCGAUGCUUGCAUUGGCUUGAUGUAUAAUGGUCUUGCUUUUAAAUGCGAGGAACCACCAACUCAUGUUAUUAUCAAGGCGAUGGCUGUCGAGCAAGCCGCAUUCGACCAUUUUGGAGGCGAGACGAAGGAUUAUAAGGAGAAACUUCGCUCCCUUUUUCAAAAUCUCAAGCAAGUAUCCAAUACACAGUUACGUAAGAGAGUUAUGUCAGGAGACAUUGAACCAGCCCGUUUUGUGGUCAUGACGCAUGAGGAACUGAAGUCAGAGGAGAUGAAGAAGAAGGAUGAUUUGUUGGAGAUGGAGAACAUGAAGAAGGCUCAGGUACCAAUGGCAGAGAAGAGUAUUAGUGAUGCUUUAACAUGUGGAAAGUGUCAUCAAAAGAAAGUCAGCUAUUCACAAGCACAGACCCGCAGUGCAGAUGAACCUAUGACGACUUUUUGCGAGUGUCAAGUUUGUGGUCAUCGCUGGAAGUUCUCUUGA